AUGGUGGCGGUGGUGGUGUCGGAGGUGGUAGCGUUAGAUGUGAAGUUGUUGGAAGCGGUGUGGGAGGAAGCACAGACGGAACCCAACAUAAAAAUAGUGAAGGAAAACACAAAUAAUCACCACAAAGGAGUUGGAGAUGGGAGUAAAGGUGGAAAUGGGAAGGGAGGUCGUAUUGUGGAUGAAAAUAGUGAAGGAAAACACAAAGGAAACAAUGGAGGUGGAGACACAGGCAGUGGAAAAAGAGGAGCUGGAAUUAGUAGUGGAUCUAAGGCUAACGUAGGUGGUGGUAAGGUGGGUGGAAUCGGUGUUGGUGCCGGUGCAGGAAUUGUCAAAGGAACCAAUGGAGGUGAAAACACAUGUCAUACAAAAGGAAGUGGUGGCAUUGGAGCUGGUGCCGGUGCCCGAGUAGGCAAAGGAAUUGGUGGAGGGAAAGGAGGAGCUGGGACUGGUGGUGGAGCUGGGGUCGGGGUUGGUAGAGGAAUUAUGGGUGGAAUAAGUGCAGGUGCAGGUGUCAGUGCAGGUGUUGGUGCCAGAGUAGGCAAAGGAAUCGUUGGAGGAAAAAGAGGAACUGAUGUUGAUGUCGGUUCUGAUGGAGAAAUAGGGAAAGGGACUAGUGCAGGUGGCUUUGGUGAUGGAGCUGGAGUAGGUGGUAGUAUUUGUGGUGGAAUUGGAGUAGGUGUGAGAGAAGAAGGUGGAAUUGGUGGUGGGGCUGGUGUUAGGGGUGCAGUCGGAUCUGGUGCUAGUGGAGCCGUUGGUGGGGAAAAAGAUGGUAGUGUCAGGAGUGGAGCUGGGGCCGGUAUAAGUGGUGGUAUAGGGGUUGGAAUAGGCACAGGCAUUGGUGGAGGUUUAGGUGAGAGAAACGAUGGUACUGUUGGAAGUGGAUUAGGGGGUUGCAUAGGUGGUGGUAUUAGAGGUGGAAUCGGCGCAGGUGCUGGUGCAGGCUUAGGUGGGGAAAAAUAUGGUAAUAUUGGCAGUGGGGCCGAAGUUGGCAUAGGUGGUGGUAUUGAGGGUGGAAUCGGUGCUGGUGGGAGGUGGUGGAAAUUGGAAUGA